AUGCAUCCCGCACAAUUCCUUACCACUCUCCUCGGCGUCUUCUCCAUCGGCCAAACCCACGGCCGAGCCAUCGUCCCCGGCGGAGUCGAAAACUACGAGACGCCCUCGUCUGUGGCCCGACGAGACGAUUUUACAAUGCCACAGGCCACUUUUAUAUUAUGUAUGGCUCAAUACAAGAGAAUCAACGAUGACGACAAGAAAGCGUACGACAAAGCUGCGAAGGAGUGCGCUAGGAAGGCUGGGGAAGACGAGGAGGACCUCAAGAAAGACUUGGGUGAACGCAACGACCAGAAUAUACUGUUCCCUAGCGCCGACCUGGUCAAAAAGGUCAAGAGACAAGAAGAAUUAUGGCAGUAUGCUAGAACAGCAUUGUUUGGCUUGACGCAUGACUCGACAUGGAGAAGUUAG